AUGGAGUUCUGCAGGGGGACAAGGCUCGCUCACUGGUGGCGACUGGAGUGGCAGAGCAAGAGCAACCUCGUCGUCGAGUCACUGCGAGCUUGCUUUCGGAGAACUCCGGACUCGGCGCCCAACGAGCGCGUGGCCGCCAGCCGAGCGCUCAAUCGACAUCAGUCCCGCGCGGACACCGAAGUCCAUUCGGGGAUGGACCCCUCUCCAUCGCAGCCCUCUCCAUCGCAGCCCUCUCCAUCGCAGCCCUCUCCAUCGCAGCCGAUACUCGACAUGCUGCACACGCUCCCUUCCAUCAAAGCUCUCGCGCUCGGGUUCAAGGCCGACAUCACAACCGAGACGAUCGAGCUACUCAGCUCGUCCGUACCGAUGGACAUCAACGCGUUCCGCAUCGGCGGGUACGCCCACGACUACCUCAUCAAGGACGUCUUCCUCUCUUUCGUAUGUUUCCGUCCCGUCAUGUGCAACCGUACCAGCUGGCUCACCCAUCGGGCUCGUAACUACAGGCCCCAACUUCUCGAGGGCCCGCCGCCAGCGCUCCAGCUGCACGGCUUCGGGCCGUAUCUGCGCUGGCUCGUCCCUGGCCCGGGCGGGCCCGCCGCGUCCGACCCGCCGCGACAGUGGACGGAGCACUGGUCGCCUCGCAAGGUCACGUUCCGGACGGUGGAGGACUCGCGGACUGGGAGUGGCUCCUUCGGCACAACGGGAGACUCUAUGCCGCCGGGAGCACGCGUGCAGCCGUAA